UAUACCGGAAAAUCUAAGAUUUUAUGUUUGUGUGCAUUAUAUUUAAUUAAUGUUUCUUCAGAGUAAAGCUCGUCGUUUGAAUGAUUUUUACAACAUUACAAACUUUAAAAAUUUAAAUUUUUAAAGCAAAGGUGUUGUUUCGAAAAUUAACAGUAACACACGUAGUACUUCUAAUUACGUUACUAAGUGCCAGUGAACUUUAGAAGAGUUGUGUGAACUGUGGUUCCAGAAUAUCAAAUGACAAGGUCUGACUGAAUGAUUGACAUGAUCUAGCGACAAAGAAUUUUUAUAUAUUAUAUAGGCUUUGUUUGUGUUACUAGAAUCGACUCUGAUUCUGAAUUCGAUUCGUUCGAAAAUAGAAGUUACAACUUUUAUCAAUAGAAGUUAGAACCGUUAUUUUGAAGGAAGAUAUAGAAAACUUUACACUUGUAACAAGGUGAUGAACUGUUGAAGAUUUUAGAUGAUGGAGAUUUUCAGGAUAUGUCAGGAGCAACAAAGACUGAAGCUUUUCCUUCUACUUUGAUUCCUUCAUCAACCACAGAAAGAGCUAUGACAGAAACAGCCCGAAGGCCUCUAAGAUCCCAACCAGUUGGUCGAGAUUAUAUAGGAGCAGGGAUCUCAUCUCUGCGAGACUCAGAUGGGUUCUUACGUCCAGUUGGGUUUUCUUCGGUUAUUGGUAUUGCUGGAGCAAAAAGGUCAGAUGAAUCUGUGUCGGAUAACGUACAGAAGGAACGUGUGCUCAUGUAUAAAGAAGAACGUCGUCGUCAGAUAGCUAAAAGAUACAGUGAAAGGUCAUCUGAAGAUGAACUUAUAACAAUUGGUGAAGAGCCUUCAUACAUGAGGUACUCACAACGGCGAUCAAAGAAAAAAUCUGAUAACUCGCAAAACAAGGAAGAUAAAAAAUCCAGUAGGAACACAGAGGAUGUUUCAUCAUCAGUAUCAAAGAUUGCAGAAUCUCAACCUAAUUCCUGUGCUCAAAACAUAAUAGUUCCUAAUAGCCAAUCCUCUACUAGAAGACGCUUCAUCACAAGGGAUUCUUCUGGCUCUGAAGAUGUUACAGCAAAUUCCCAGCCUCCAAACUUAAAAAGGGAGAGUGGAAAUGUGCGUGGUGGUGAUAAGAUUCGCUCCACAAGAGCUUCUAGAUUAAGAGCAGAAGCAAAUUCUUCAUUAUUUGAAAGCUCAGGAGGAAAGAUUGAUGGACUUCAGAAGAAGGAAAGUUUUCGAAGUAAAGCACCUGCAGCUCCUCUCUCAUCUUCUGAAUUUGAAACUUGUGCUUCUCCCAGUAAUUUCAGAAGUGACACAUCACCAGUUGCUAAGGAUUAUACUGAGAAUGUUAGAGAAAAGGACCAUGAACAAAUAACUACAGAAGAAAGUCAUGCCAAAAACACAGAAAGUGAAGAAUGUUCUGAAGCAGGCUUAGCAAAGGAAAAAGUCAAAGACAAAAGUUACAAAAGGAAGUCCAACUUGAACAGAGCAUCUUUAGUUGAAGAACAUCCACAUGUAGCAUCAGAUACAUGUGAAGAAUCUCUUAGAAGGUCUCGAAGAUGGCGUAAAAAUAGUGAUUCUACUUCUCUGAACUCUGGAUCUGAGAAGAAAAGUUCAGGAUCUACACUUUUCAAUAGAUGUUUUGGAGUUUCAGUUAAAGACCACCAGUCUCAAUCCAAAGAAGAAUCUUGUGAUUCUCAGUCUGACAUUAAGUCAGGUAAAUCAAAGAUAUCACAGUUGGUACGAAAGCAUCAAGAGGCACCAACCAGAAAGCAGUCAUUUGACCAGACCCCAGAUUCAUCUCCACGAAAAACUUCAGCACUGAAAAGACCCGAGAUUCCUAAAGUUCUUCGACAUAAUAGCUCCACUGAUCCAGAAAAGUCUUCUCCAGUAAGGUCACGUAGUGAGAGGCUACUGAGGCGAGCAGAACAUGGAGUAAGUAGUGGGACAGACAAAGGUGAUAAAUCCCAAAGUGAAAAUGAUGAAAAACGGCCCAAAUCUACAUCUGUUAUCACAAGAGCUUCAAACAGUCUGCAAACUGAAAGCCUGAAAAAAAGAUCCAGAUCAAAUCCAAAUAACCACAUUGUGCAUAGAGACAAUUCUUUCUCAAUAACUCCACCUUCAAAGAAAUUACAUUCUGAUCAAAAUAUCAUAGAUUUUGAUACAAAAGAUAAGAAAAAAUCAGUUGGAAGUAACGAUUACUCAUUAACUUUAGAAACAAAAGAUGUAUUAGCAUUAGAAACACCACAUCUAAUAUCAGAGUUUGAAACUGUUUGUAAAAAGCAAAGCAGAUCUAGUGAAAGUAAGAAACUUAACAGUUCUUCCUACUCAACAAUAAGUGCUAGUACACAGGGGAGUGGGAGCACCCGUUACUUUUCAUGUGAUAAUACGUGUCCUCAAGAAUUGGACACUGAGGUGGAUGAAGUGUUUUCUACACCUCCUGACACAUUAAAGAGGGAUUGGAAUUCAUUAUCAACAACUACAGCUGAGUCAUCUGUCAUUUAUACUCUUUCAAUAAGCACAAAAAGUAAAACUUUUGGUGAGUGUUUAGAAACUUGGAAUCCAUCUUUGAACUUAGAACCAUCUUCCUACUCACCUGCAUAUCCAACAACAUUUGAUACUUUACAAGAUGAAGAGAGUUCAGAUAAGGUUACCAUAAAAACUGCUUCCUGUUCAAGAUAUUCACCUGUAUUACAACCAGAGGAUCUGAAAGAAGAAUUAGAAAAAGAGAUGUCUUCAGGUGAAAACAAGAGGAGAUACACCAGAAAAAGGGACAUUUCUGUCAAUAAGUCGACUAUUUCUUCACAGAGCUUGACUGAAGCCAAAAACUCCUCUGAAAGUGAAAGUGUUUCUGUCAAGAAGACAUCACAGACAGACAGCCAAGGAGCAUCUUCAUUAAAAUCUCUUGCUACUGAAACCAGAAUUAGGGAUAAUACAAAAACAUCCAGUGAGGAACUAAAAAAAGAAUCAAAGGAAUCAAAAUCUCAUUCAGUAUUUAAAACUAGACUGAACUCAGAAGAAAGAGAGACUAGAAGUCAGUCUCCAGAAGUACAUUCAAUUCUGAAAAACAAAACUGAUAAAAGUGAGUCAAGUAGCUACAAUCUGCAGGUACAUCCAAUUUUGAAACAUCGAACACCAGAAGAAACAGCCAAAGCACAGAGUGAACCUAAACCAAUCCUAAAGCAAAGAAACAGCUUUGAGGAACUUUCUUUGGACCACAAAAAGAGUGAACCAAAACCAAUAUUGAAGAAAAAGUAUAGCACAGAAGAUGAAUGUGAAGAUAAACCUAAGUCUAUCCUAAAAACUAAAUCAAUACAUGAUAGUGGUUCAGAAGGAUCAAAUUCUCAAGAAUCGAAAAUUGAAUCAGACAGUGGAGUUAAGCCUAUUCUUAAAAAGCCAUACAUGGAAGGAGAGUAUUCCAAACCAGUUUCAAUUCUGAGAACUUCUUCACCUGAAAGAAGCAACAUGUCAGAUUCUUCAGAAUGUGGUGUUCAUGUUAAGAAUAUUUCACAAACUGUAGCACACCAUGCUUUUCAACCAGGGAGCCAAACUGUUGAGAAAGACAAUAAUGAUGGUGCUCCAACUAAGACAGACCAACCUCCAUCCAUUUUAAAGGUGAAAGACAGUUCAUCAUCACUAUUAACACGUGAGCUAACACCACCCUCAAUCCUGAAAAAGCCUAAAGAGGCUGAUUCCUUUACAAAUGAACUAAGUAGUGUGUUGAAAAUAAGGAAAGUGAAAAACUCCCAGGAGGAAGAAGCUGCUGUUCAAGCACCUAAAAGUGCCACGUCAUGCAAUGAACCAGAAUCAUUAGAUUCUGAAAGAAAACAACUUAUGGAAGGGAGUGCCUUCCAGAAGAAAAUAUGCAAGGGAAAGAGUGUUAAAAGAUUUGACCAUCGUAAUGCACCUAGAUAUCGCACACAGCCUGUAACUGUGAAUGAACUGAAUGAAACAGAUGGUUUGGAAUCUGUACAGGCAUUUCGUGCUCUUGUGAUGAAGAAAGCAUCAUUUGAUAUAUUUGCACAACGAGAGAAGGAAUUGGCUCCUGAGAAACUGUCAAUUUCAGAUAAAAGAAAAGAGUACCCACAACCUUACAGACCUGAUAAAAAGAAAGAUCGACGUCAAGGAGUCAGAUAUCGUACUUUACCUGUGACACUUGAAGAAAUUAUUUGUGCAUCAGAUAGAAAUUCAUCAAUUUCAUCUCCUUUGAAUUCACCUGUAUCUAUGCAAAAGCCCACUCAUCCUAAAAGUGAAUCAUCUGAAGAACUACAUUUGAAAACUUCUGGAAGUGAAGAUGAGUUGUCCAAAAUGAGUGUAGCUGCUAAAGCUACACUUUUUAAGCAGUUAGAAGCUCAGCAGAAACAGCCCGUUCAAGCGAUAGGAGCAAAGCGAAAAAUUGCCAAUAGACGUUUUCUUCCUCGUUCACAGACGCAGCCAAUUACUGAGGAGGAAGUUCAUGAAGCCUCCAAACUUGUCAAAGAGGAUGAUAAAUCAAGUGAAAGUAAUCAAGAAGAAGCAGAUAAGAACAAUUCUGUGAGUACAGAUGAAAAGAAAACUGCUUCUGAUUCAGAAGAUGAUCCAGUUAACCUUAGUCUUGCUGAUAAAAUGAAACUUUUCAACCAAAAGAUUGGUGAUGAAAAGAACAAACCUCCAGCUGUUGCUCCAGAUCCAAAUUCACGGAGAAGGUGCUCCAGGUUCAAAACCCAACCCGUGACAUCAGAUGAGAUUGAGACAGUUAAUAAAGUGUCCUUGUUAGCUGCAAGUCUAUCAAGAUGUCAUGAGUUGAAGGAAAACACUGAUCAGAUUUCUCAUUCUAAAACUUUUACACCACCUGUAGGAGGAAGACUUGUUCUACCAUUAUUACCUGGAAUGAAAAGAACAGUUGCAUCAGAUAAAGGAACAACUAGUUCUGAAGAUACAGACAGCAAUAAUUUUAACAAAGGUAUUUUGAAGAAAGAAACUUUACAUCCUACAGCUGCCUCUUCAAGAGGAAUAGUUGUGCCUAGUAUAUCUUCAAAUCUUGCAAUUAACAAGGAACAAUUCACAGAGUCCUCAGAAAUUAAAGGAAUCCUUAAGACACAGAAUGCAGAUCAGGAACCUCCAGCUUUGAAACCCAUACUGAAACCUGAAGGAAGUUUUGAGUCUAAAGAAGAAUCCAGUGAGUCAUCUAGCACAAGUUCAAGUGAAGAUGACAGUGAUGAAGAAGAAGAAGAAUCUGGUAGAGGAUAUACUGGCAGUAAAACAGUUCUAACAGGAGGACAGAGUCACAUUAUUUUUGGCACCCACACUUCCAAAACCGAAGAAACCAGUUUGUCCGCUAGUUCUUCCAUCCGAGAAACGAAGAAAAUCACUAACCCAGCUGUCCAGCGCCGACUUAAUGCUUCUAUUCGUAAGAAGGAAGAAAGGAGAAGUAUGCAUGAAGUACGAAGCCACGAGGUUUUGUCCUCUGCAUCUUCUUCUUCUGUGUAUGCUAUGGAAGCUCAGAAGUCUCUUGCUGCAGAGCUACAAAGAACAUUUGCAAUGCAGAGCCAGCACAUGAUUGCAUCUGAGUGUAGUGAUGGAAGUGGUACAGAGCAAGAACGACACAAGCUUUUCCCACCCACAAGAAGCCGCACACAACCACUUACCCAGGACGAAAAGGAUGGGGUGGAAGAGCUGGGUGGUGGAAGCAUAGCUGAAAGGUUAGCAGCUUUAAAACGAAAUGGUGAAGAAAACUGGAAGAAACGCCUGGAGAAGAACAAGACUGACAAACCAGAAGAAGAAAUUCAAGGGUUAGCAUCAACUAUAGUGAAAAAGAGAGAAGAGAAAUCCAUGGAACCACGGCCAAGAAGUUUGGUUGAAAACAGAAAGCUGCUUCUAGAAGAAUCUGGAACAGAGUGGCGUCAAAGAGUUGAAGAAAAAGAUGCUUCUAAAUUUACUGUUGCUGGAAAAAUGGGAAAACAGUCACUAAAACCUGAAGAAAGUCCUUUAGCAGACAGAAAGAAACGAACUCCAAAGCCUGUUAAGUUUAGGAGCAAAACUGCAAAUAUAGGGGAGGUCAGAGAUAACUCCCUUCAGUUUCUUUCAGUUACACCUGUUCCUAUAACAAAAAGCAAAUCUAUGCCUGAUGCUAUAGGAAAAGAUGAAUCUAGUAGCAGAAGCUCUGAGGAUGAGGAGGAAGUGCCAGUCAGGGUUUUAGUGCCAAAAGCAGACAACGAAACUUUCAGCUCAUUCUUUGAGUCAGUGUCAGCACAGAAAGCUGUGGAGGAAAAAAUAGAAAUCAAAGAUGAGGAUUUUAAAUGUGUCAUUUCCCAGUCUGAAUCUCACCACUUAUUAGCACAAAGGAAGUCAGUUAAGCUACAACAUCGAAGGGUUGCUUCACGAAAUCCUAUUAAGGCACUUGCUUCGAGAACGGAUUUACAGCAUGAGUACACAGAAGUGAAAACUGGUUAUGCAGAGCAAGAAAUGAAGCGAAUAAAAUUGGAACAAAUGGCUAAGACAUCCAAUAAAGCUUUGUCAGCACUAGCAGGAUUGGCUAGUACAGAAGACUUUAAAGCUAUAGCUCUGAAGAAGGGUGUUGUUGGUGAGGCAAGUCCUAUUGUACCUCAGAAGGAUGCUAUGUUGGUACAGAUAAAAGGCCGAAGACAUGUUCAGACACGAUUAGUUGAACCUAACAUUCGAUCUAUUAACCAUGGUGACACCUUUGUUUUAGUCACUCCCUCAAAAGUGUUUUUGUGGAUUGGUGAAUAUAGCAAUGUUAUAGAGAAGGCCAAGGGUGCUGAGGUAGCAACAGUAAUUCAGGCAAAAAAAGACCUGUGUUUCAAGGGAACUGGUGAUGUAAUCACUUUAGACGAAGAAAAGAAACCCAACAGGAGUCAACUGGAUGUGUUCUUCAGACAUCUGGGAACUUCUGAUAAGAAUUGUCGACCUCCUGGAAAACCAGAAGAGGAUGAGAUAUACGAAGCUGCCAUUAUUGACACUAAUAUGAUCUACAAAGUAGAAGGUGAUGAACUAGUUCCUUACGAAGAAUUCUGGGGAAACCUUCCUCGGAUCGAGAUGCUAAAACCAGAUGAGAUACUAGUAUUUGACUUUGGAAGUGAAAUGUAUGUCUGGCAGGGGAAGAAAGCUCCUUUUGAACAGCGAAGUGUUUCUGUUAGAUUAGCCAAAGAAUUGUGGGAUCAAGGGUUCAAUUAUAGUGAAUGUGAUAUUAAUCCACUACAUCCAGAACCUGAUGAAAAAGUGUUGAUGAAAGGAAAUCAGAGACCAAGCUGGGCACUCUUUACAAAAAUCAGUCAACACAUGGAACCUGUACUCUUUCGUGAGAAAUUUUUUGACUGGCCUGACACAUCUCGUUUAAUUAAAGUCAAAGGUCAAGAUAGUGAUGAAACAAAGCAGACAGAGGGUAUGCCUGAACUGAAAGCAUGUGAUGUCAAAAACAUGCUUGAACAAGAACGUACAGAGCCUGACCUCAUUCUUGAAGGAUCACAUUUAGGGCGUGGCUUGGAAUAUCAUGAUGAGAAGGAGCGUAGGCACUUUGAAAUAACAACGAAUUGUGUCAAAGUAUGGCACAUCCUUGAGUACAAACACAGUCCAAUGCCUUUAGGAAGUUAUGGACAAUUUCAUAGUGGAGACACUUAUGUAGUAAGAUGGCAAUAUACAGUGAAAAAUACAGGACGGGAUCUGUCUGGACAAGCAUCUAAACAUUCAUCAGUGGGCAGGAAACGAUGUGCUUAUUUCUUUUGGCAGGGUCUCAACUCCACUGUUACAGAAAAGGGAGCUUGUGCUCUGAUGACUGUUGAAUUAGAUGAAGAACGAGGACCACAUGUUCGAGUCGUAGAAGGUCAAGAACCACCAUGUUUUCUCAAUAUAUUUAAUGGUGAAAUGAUUGUGUACAAGGGUAAACGUGAUGAAGAUGACCCCGAUACCAAAAGUUUAUGGAGAAUGUUCAUGACUCGUGGAGCAUUUCCUUCUGAAGCUGUAUUAAUGGAAAUUUCUCGUGGUGUGCAAAGCCUACGAAGUCGGUCAUCGUUUGUUUUAGUUAACACUUCAAAAGGAAUUAUAUUUGUUUGGCAUGGGGCUAAGUCCCCCAGAGAUGUACAGAAGACUGUCAUGUCUGCUGCAAAGAAGUUGAAAGACAGGCAGCCAAAAGAGAUGAUGUUUGAUUCUGGAAUAAGUAUUGAAAUCAAAGAAAUACGUGAAGGAUCAGAGUCAAGGGACUUCUGGGAAGGAUUAGGUGGGAAGAAUCGACACAUGUACAUGUCACUUUUAAAAAGUCAUCUCGCCUAUAAUCAUACACCCCGUCUGUUUCACCUCACCAGUGUCUCAGGGACUUUCACGUCUACUGAAGUUCAGUGCACAUUCUAUAGUACUAAGCGUGUUUGUCCAUAUCCUUUCUUGCAAUCCGAGCUUUACAAUGCAACUCAGCCAGCUCUCUUUCUUUUUGACAAUGAGCAUGAAAUGUUCCUAUGGCAAGGCUGGUGGCCAGAAGGAGAUGAAGAGAGUGAAAAUGUUGUCACGGGUUCAGCAGGACUGAGGUGGAACACUGAAAGGAGAUGUGCUAUGGAGACAGCACUACAUUAUUGCCAUGAGAAGAAUCCAGAGAAUCCUCCAAAAGCAUUUAUUGUCUCAGCUGGACUUGAGCCAACACUUUUUACAAAUUUGUUCUUAACAUGGGAACAGAAUGAUGAUGUAGCAUUAAUAAACAUCAAAGAUGGCAAGAAACCAGGUGAAAUGCUGCUUGUCCAAGAAGUCUUGGCUAAGCUAACCCGCACACGGUAUACUCUGUCUGAGCUCCAGAAGCGUCCAUUACCAGAAGGUGUUGACCCUUCACGAAUUGAAUCAUAUUUGACUGAUAAGGAUUUUGAGGAUAUUCUUGGAAUGUCUAAAGAAGAAUUCUACACCCUUCCACCAUGGAGACAUUCUGAACUAAAGAAAGUGGCUGGGCUUUUUUAGAUAAUCUGUGAUUUUUUCAUGAACUUCUGCCAGGUUUUAAAGUCAAAAUUCCAGCAUUGAUAAUGUGGCUUUCAGCAAAGCUGGAUCUUUGCAUGCAUUUUUGAGGUCUUGAAUGAUACAGUUGUACUUAAAAUUAUUACAAAUUUUGUGUCCACAAGUCUCAUAAUACUGUCUUCCUGGUUAUAAACAAAAUGGCAAUAUGAUAAAAUUUUGAAAACUGCAAAACAAAAAGGUGCUUAAGAUGUGUAAACUGUAAAUUUAUUAUUUAAUUUUUUGUCUUAUGACAUUUUUAAAACAUGUUCAACAUUUCCUUCUGAUAUUCUCCAUACAUUAUUUAAUUUUUUUUUUGUAACAUUAUCAUUUUGUUACACUUUCUUUUCAAACUUUUCUCAUAUUUGAAAAUUCUGGAGCUGCAUUUAGGCUGUGUGUUGCAGUCAAGUUAUGCCAAGAUUUUUUCAUAAAUUAGAAAUGUGUUUACAUUUUGCUCUAUUUUUGCGACAUGAUAUGUUGCAAAACAUGAUGUAUAUUAAAACAAAGCUUUGAAUGUAUUAACACUGUGCAAUUAACACGAUGUGAAUAUGAAACUAGCUGUAAGAAGGUAUAAUUUUAGUGUUGUAUAUGUAUUUUCAGAGCCUAAAAAUGCAUCUUUCAUAUACUAAUAGAUACCCUUUAACAAUUAAUAAAAGUUACUGUUAGGUGGGUCUGAAACCAUCUUUCAGCAUUUGUUUGUACAGCCAAACAUCAUAGAAAUUGAAAGGUAGUUUAUUUCUCAGAGGCUAUAUAAAUAUAAAAUUAGAUUAUUUUAUUAACACUAUACUUGUACUAAUUUAACUUAAAAGUAACAUCUAGUUAGAGAGGAAGGCAUUGUGUAGCUAGUUUUUCUGUUCAUUAGACUUCAACUCUUGAGAAAGAAUGCAGCAUUUACAGAAUCAAUUUAUAGUGAACCCGAAGUGCCUUGUGAAAGGAACAACUUUAGAUGUUAUUGUGUAGUCAGUGCCUUUGCUAAACUUUUCAACACUUAAAUUCCAGUGUCUUUCUCUCAACAGAAGUGCCUACUGUUACUCCAUAGUGGUGAUAAAGUUACUUAUAUUAAAUUAUGAAACACUGGUAUUGUUUCUCCCAUUUUAUAAUUACACUUAAUGAUUACUGAUAGCUGAGUUUACAAAUCUCUAAUUUAAGAACUGUGCUUAUAUUAAAUUGCUUUAAGUAUUAGAGAAUAUUUGUUGCAUUUGUAUAUGUGAUUGCUGUUUACAUUCUGAAAAUGAAUAGCAGUUCUUUUAUGUUAUUGAAUUAAUAAAAACGUGCUUCAGAUGUCUUUUUAUAGAACUUUUUUUUAAUGUAUGUAUAAAAUGUUUUAGAAUACCCUGCUUCUCCGAUUUUAAAUAUGUUGAUUGAUUUCAAUGUUGGAAAAAUUGUGUGGCACAGAGAGAUAGAAAAAAAAAGGUUGUUAAAAAAUUUAGUCUAAGCGAUAAUUGUGUUUAAUGUUUAUAUUUAAAUAGUCACAGCGUUUCCCUUACAAGGUGCUGGUAGUGUGCUUGUGUCUGUUUGCCAAUAUUAAAAAUGUACAGAGAGAUUUGGACAAUA